AUGCCUACAAAUGCUCAAAACGUCAAAGGGCCCUGGAGCUCUGAUGAAGACUCUUUACUAUUAAAUUCUCUCGAAGAGAUAUUGCAGAGUGCUCGACGAAAUAAAAAAUCUCCCCAAAUUUCGUGGACCGCAGUCGCACGAAGAGUACAUACUAGAAGUUCAAAACAGUGCCACUUCUUUUUAACUUUCUCAUUUAUAGUAAAAAAAGGACCUCUUACCGAAAAAGAACAAAGUAUAAUUCGUCGUCUACAACGUAAAACGACUUCAUAUGCCGUAAUAGCAGGCAAACUUCCUG